AUGGAUGGAAAUGCACAAAAUAUGUUUCACGGCAAUCAUCAAGGAGAUCCCUAUUACCGUUAUGAUGCGGCCGCCGCAGCAGCCGUUGCCGCAGCGGCAAAUCCGCGGGCCAUGGGCCCACCAGGCGGCUAUCCGCCGCGUCAUCGGGCGCCGCAUCCGCUACAGCAACAGCCACAAUAUCCAUCGUACCAGCCAACGGCGGAGAACCUGUACGGGCUGGGGGCCACCGAUCAGCAUGCAGCGAUGGGCGUCGGCAUGGGCGAUCUGAGCGGCUGGGGUGCGGCGCCUUCGGUGCCGGGCCAGGCAGCCGCCUAUCCAGGCGCUGGCCUAGGCGCCUACGGACAUCCACAGGCAGCGCCGCCGACGCAGCAGCAGCGUCAGAGCAACGCCAGCGCCUACCGCCAGCACAUGCCCGCCUACGGACAGCAGGAGCAGCAGAAACUGGUGCCCUAUGGCGCGCAGCAGAACAUGAUGGGCGCCCUGGGUGCCAGCGGCUAUGGCAGUCUGGCGCCCCAGCAGCAGCAGCAACAACAGCCACCCACGCCACAACAACAGCAGCAGCAACAACAACAACAACAGCAGCAGCAGCAGAGCCAGCAGCAGGCUCGUCUGCCGCAGCAUUAUCCACAGGCGCCGGGCCAGCAUCCCUUGUAUCCGGGCGCGCCGGCUCAAGCAGCACAGCCGGUAGCACCACAGGCAUACGCGCAUAGUCCGUACGGCAGCCCGAUGCAACAUCAGCCGGGACGCAGUGCACCCCAGCACGUGGGCUACGGUCAUGCGGCACUGGAGCAGGCCAGCGCCUAUGGCCAGCACGUGCCUGGCGCAGCGCCGCCGACGCAUCACUUGACUGCGCAGCAGCAGCAGGCUGCGCAGUUGGGUGCGCAUCCCAGCGCGCACAUAGCCAGCGCACAGCAGCAACAGUUGCAGACACAGCAGCAGCAGCAGCAGCAGCAACAACAACCGAACCAUGUGAGCCUGAUGCAGCAGCAGCAACUGCCAGGCGCCGUGCUGCCGCCGCCGCACAUGGGCAUGCCGCCCAGCUAUGGCAGUCACCAUCAGCAGCAGCAGCAGCAGCAGGCACAGCAGCAGGCCCAACAGCAGCAGCAGCAGCAACAGGCCCAACAGCAGCAGAGCGCACCGCCCUAUAUGUCCAGCAGCAAGCAUCAGGCAAGCGCUCAGCUCAACUCUUCGCCGCAGUAUCGUGCACCGUUUCCACAACUCUCGCCCCAGAUGUCGCCGCGUCCGCCCACCAUGUCGCCGCAUCCACAAAUGUCGCCACGUCCAGUGGGCGUGUCGCCCGCCAAGCCACCACAAACCGCACAGCAGCAGCAGGUGCAACAGCAGCAGCAGGUGAACUCGCCCAGCCAGCACAGCAUACAGGGCAUGGUUGGGCUGCCGUCACCGAGACCGCAACCACCCAGCGCAGCCGCCGGCGGCGCCAAGGUGCCCGUUAGCGUGGCAGCUAGCGGUGUGCCGCCGGUUGUCAAUACGCUGCAAGCACUCGAACAAAUGGUCAUGCCCACACAGGCGCAUGGCCUGCCGCCCAUGGAUUAUCCCACAUCGUAUCGCAGCGCUGCGGUCAUGGGACCGCGCAUGCCCGCCUCACCCUCGCCGCAGCAUCAUCAGCAAUGGGGCGCGCCGCAUAUGGCGGCCAUGCAACAACAACAACAACAACAGCAGCAGCAACAAGCGCCACAGCAGCCACCGCCACAGCAACAGGCACAACAGCAGCAGCAGGCGCAGCAGCAACAGGCACAGCAACAGGCCCAGCAACAAGCACAGCAGCAGCAUCAGCAACAUCAGCUGAGCAUGUAUGGACAGAGCAUGGCCCAACAGCCACAAGCAGCGCCUGCCGCACAGCCCACACAGCCACCGGCGCCCCAACAUCAGCAGCAACAACAACAACAACAGCAGCAGCAGCAGCAACAACAGCUGAAUGAGCAACUGCAGCAUUCCAUCAAUGACAUUGUGGGUGGCAACCAGCAGCAGCAGGCGCAGCAGCAAGCGCAAUUGAGCGCACAAAUGUCCUCCUCGCCACUGCAUCAGCAGAGCUUGCCUAGCAUGCAUCAUCUGAGCGCUGCGUCCCAUCACCAACAGCAACAGCCAACGCUAGAGGCCAGCGCAGCCCAAGCACCGCAGCAGCAGCAGCAGCCGACGCAUCAGCAGCUGCAGCAGCAUCAAUCGCCCAUACAUCAGCAACAGUCUCCGCAUCAGCAGCAACAUUUGCCCAGCUAUCAGCAGCAUCAACAGCAAUUUGAUGCGUUUGCCAACAUCUUGACAGACGCGCCCGCAGGAGCAGCUUCGGCAGCUGCAACCACAGCUGCCACACAGCAGCAAAUAAUGUCGCCUGCGCAUGUUAGCUCGCCCAUACCGCAGCUGCAGCAGCAACAUCAGCAGCAGCAACAUCAGCAACAGCAGCAGCAGCAGCAGCAGCAACCGGCCACGCCCACACCGUCAACGCCCUCGCAUCAUCUGAGCAGCAUACUCAACGAGACGGCCAACUCGAAUGACUCCUCAACGCUGGCCGUCGCCGCCAACGACAGCAACAACAGCAGCAGCAACAGCAGCACGAACAGUAUCGUCAACAAUCAGCCCACCUCGGUGCACGACAGCAACUCGCAGAGCAGCAUCAACAGCAACAAUCAGCAGCCGUUGCUCUCGGGCAUGGACGCCGUUGCGAACAGCAUGCUCAACAGCAACUCGGACUCGGCGCACACCACGCACCAUGUAAGCGGCGUGGAUGUGGGUCUCUUUGACAACAAUUCGAUGAGCUCGACCAGUGCGGCAGCUGUUGCGGCCGCUUCGAAUGCCGCCAAUGCGGCGGCGGCGCUGCUCGAUAGCAAUUCGCAAUCGUCGAAUGCGGACUUUGAGAAAAGCGUCUGUGAGUCAGAGCAGCAGGCAACAGCAACAGCAGCUGGCGGAGAUCUGUGUGCACAGUUGGCGCAGGAUGACAACAGCGUUUCGAAGACGCAGCCGGAGACGCUAAGCGAGACAACGCUUCCGGCGGCGGCGCAGGAGGAGCACGACAACAGCAAUCACAAGCAGCCGCAGCAUACCGAGGAGCUGCUGGCGGAGCAAACACAGCAGACCCUAAGCGAGCUCGCCGCCGUCGGCGGUGAGGAGACCAAAUCCGCCGAGGAAAUAUGUGAGGAUAAGAGCCAAACGCAAAUGGACACAACGCUCGGCCAACAACAACAGCAGCAGCCACUGGGCCAGACACCGCUGGGUCUGGGCAUGCCCCCGAUGCCGCCGCACACGCUGACCGGCUAUGAGACGCAGCCGCCGUUGGGCCCAACGGCACAGGGAACCACAGUUCCGGUGCCACCACCUCUGCCGCCAACACAUAUGCCGCCGUUGCUGCCACCGUAUCCGGGCGCAGCUGGCGGCAUGUAUCCGCCGUAUCCGAUGCUGCAUCAGCAGGAAAUAGCAGCAUUGCAGCAGCAAAUCCAAGAGCUCUAUUGCAUGCCGCCCGGUCAUGAGCAUCAGCAUCAGGAGAAGCUGAUGCGGCUGCAGGAGCGCCUGAAUCUACUGCAACAGCACGAGCUCGCCGAGCAGUGCGCGGGCGGACCGCAGUGUCUGCUCUACCAGAGCAUGCCGCCCAUGUACGGCAGCAGUGCGCUGCACAAUCAGAUGGUCGAGAGCCCGCAGGUGUCCAGCACAACGGGCAGAGGUCGUGGCAAGGGCGCCAACAAGCCGCGAAAGCCGCGCGCCAAGAAGGGCGACAAAGCGGCGGCCGCCGCCGCGGCGGCACUGCAGCAGCAACAGCAACAGGAGCUGAUGGACAUCAGCGGCAAUGUGGUUGUGGCCGCGGCCAGUGCAAGCAGCAGCAGCAGCGGCAUACCCACCACCCAGCUGCCCGUCUCCGAGGAUUGCGUGACCCAGGGAGCUGGCGAUACCAGCGUUGUGGGCCUGCUCGAGUAUAGCGAGGGCAUGGGCGAUUUAUCACAGGAUGUGCAUUCGGCCAAUGAGCUGGACACCUCCACCGAUGGCAGCGGCAAGAAGAAGAAGCCGCGCAAGCCACGCACACCCAAGGAUCCGAACAAGCCGCCGCGUGAUCGCACGCCCAAGGUGAAGAAACUGCGCGAUCCCAAUGAUCCCAACUCAACGGAGUCACCCGCCGCCGGCGGACGCAAACGUGCCAGCGUCAGCAAGCGCCGCAAGCAGUUCGGCGACGAUGGCGCCGAACAGACCGGCGACGGCAGCGAACUGGAGGACAACAAGCCGCUGCUGCCCAAGUCGAAUGAUGGCGAGGCCGAGACCAGCGCCGGCGGUGCCGGUGGCGUUGACGGUGAAUCGCCCGACUAUGAUGAUAUACCCGUUUCGAAGAUACCGCGCGGCGCCAACGACGAUGACAAAGAGGCCGAAGCUGGCGAUGAGACGGUCGAUUCGGUGCCCGAUUCGGCUGGCGAUGCGGCCAGCACGCCCAGCCGGCGGGAUCGCAAGCGUUCCACGGCGCGCAGUCGUCGCAAUGCCACCUCCGAGGAGGGCGGCAGCGCCCGACGGAAUCGCGGCUCGCUGAGCGCCAAGGCGCUCAAGAAGCGACGCAAUCGCGGCCGUAUUGUGCCCGAAUCGGAUGGCGAGGAUGAUACCAUGGAUCGUACGCCGCCGCCGUCACCACCGCCGGAUUCGGAGCUUGACUCGAAUAAGCGACGUUCGUCGCGCAACACUCAGCGUAAGAAGUACAUCGAUGACGUUAUGCUGCGAUUCUCCGAUGAUGAGAACUCGCUGCUGGUGGCCUCGCCGGUGAAGAAGGAGAAGAAAUCGUCAGCGGCCAAUGCGGCCAACUCCAAUGCUGGCAGCGACGUGGAGAAGACAGAGCCACAUUCCGGCGCCGAGGGCGAGGCCGGCAGCUCGGCGGGCGAGGAGAAGCCCUCGGCGGCGACGGCAGACGAUACCAACAGUCAACUGGAGGCCAGUUCCAGCACCUCGGCGGCGGAGAAGGCGGAACGACAAAGUGCCAGCGAUGCUGCCGCCGCCGCUGCCGCAGCCAUGUCGUCCAAGCCCAACUAUGUGUACAUCAAUACCGGCGACGAGGACAGCAUGGUGGUGCAGUUUGUUCUGGCACUGCGCAUGGGCAAGCGGGAGCUGAUACCAGAACCGCCCAAGGUCAAGACGCCGGAGCCCAAGACAGAGGCGGAAAUGGCAGAGGAAGCGGCAGAGCAGGCGGCAGAGAAAGAAACUACAGAAAAAGGCGAGGACAAGGCGGAGGUCAAAGCUGAAACGGAAGAGUCCACCAAAGUGGAAGAAGAAAAGGAACAACUGGAGUCGGAAGAGCAGAAAAUCGAAUCCGACAAAAUGGAAGUUGAUGAAAAGCCGGAGACAGUCAAGUCGGUGGCAGCAGAGAAAAACGAGGAAGAGACGCCCGACAAGGAGGAGGCGGAGAAAAUGGACAUUGACGAAGCUGCAGAGAAGGCAGCUGAAGAAACCCAGAAAAUAGAGAAGCAAGAAAAUGCAGAAGAAGAAGAAGCAGAGGCCAAGACUGAUGAAGCAAAUGAAACGCCAGCUGAGCCAAAGAACGAAGCAGAUGAGCCUGAAACAGCAGAGAAAAUGGAGAUCGAUGAGGCUGCAGCCGAAGUGAAGGAAGAAGAGAACAAAGUAGAAGACGAGACAACCGCCGAGGCAAAGGCCGAAAAAGAAACUGAGAGCGACAAAGAGAAGCCGGAACAGACCGAAGAGGAGGCGGCGGCAGCAGUAGAGGGUGACAAAUCCAAGGACUCUGAGUCGAAAGAGGAUAAACCCGAGCCGGUCUUCAUCGAUGUGGAGGAGUAUUUCGUUAAAUACCGCAACUUCAGCUAUUUGCACUGCGAAUGGCGCACCGAGGAGGAGUUGCUCAAGGGUGAUCGCCGCGUGGCCGCCAAGAUCAGACGAUUCCAGCAGAAGCAGGCACAGCAGAUCAACAUAUUCGAGAACAUCGAAGAGGAGCCAUUCAAUCCCGACUUCGUUGAGGUCGACCGUGUGCUGGACAUGUCCGUGCACACGGACGAAAAUAGCGGUGAGACGACAAAACACUAUUUGGUUAAAUGGAAAUCGCUGCCCUACGAGGACUGCACCUGGGAGCUGGAGGAAGAUGUCGACAAUGACAAAAUCGAACAGUAUUUGCGCUUCAAUAAGAUUCCUUUGCGCUGUGAGUGGAAGAGCCGCAAGCGUCCGCAUCCGGAGCAAUGGAAGAAGCUGGAAAAGACGCCCGUCUACAAGAGCGGCAACAGCCUGAGACCCUAUCAGCUGGAGGGCUUGAACUGGUUAAAGUUCUCCUGGUAUAACUCACACAACUGCAUACUGGCCGACGAGAUGGGUCUGGGCAAGACCAUCCAGAGUCUGACCUUUGUGCAUUCGGUCUACGAGUACGGAAUACGCGGUCCAUUUCUGGUCAUAGCGCCCCUCUCGACUAUACCCAAUUGGCAGCGCGAAUUCGAGGGCUGGACCGACAUGAACGUGGUUGUCUAUCACGGUUCGGUCACCAGCAAACAGAUGAUACAGGACUACGAGUUCUACUACAAAACGGACAGCGGCAAGGUGCUCAAGGAGCCCAUCAAAUUCAAUGUGCUAAUCACCACCUUUGAGAUGAUUGUCACUGACUAUAUGGAUCUGAAGGCUUUCAAUUGGCGGCUGUGCGUGAUUGAUGAGGCGCAUCGGCUCAAGAAUCGCAAUUGCAAGCUGCUCGAGGGUCUGCGCCAGCUGAGCCUGGAGCAUCGUGUUCUGCUCUCUGGCACACCAUUGCAGAAUAACAUAAGUGAACUGUUCUCGCUGCUCAAUUUCCUGGAGCCCAGUCAGUUCUCGUCGCAGGAGGAGUUCAUGUCCGAAUUUGGCAGUCUGCGCACCGAGGAGGAGGUCAAUAAACUGCAGGUGCUGCUCAAGCCAAUGAUGCUGCGACGUCUCAAGGAUGAUGUGGAGAAGUCACUGGCACCCAAGGAGGAGACCAUCAUUGAGGUGGAGCUGACCAAUAUACAAAAGAAAUACUAUCGCGGCAUAUUGGAGCAAAACUUUAGUUUUCUCAAAAAGGGCACCACCUCUGCCAAUAUACCCAAUCUCAUGAAUACCAUGAUGGAGCUGCGCAAGUGCUGCAUACAUCCCUAUCUGCUGAACGGUGCCGAGGAGCAGAUCCAGUAUGAUUUUAAGGCACAACACGGCGAAGAUCCCGAAUCCUAUUACAAGAAUCUAAUACUCUCCGCCGGUAAAAUGGUGCUCAUCGACAAGCUGUUGCCCAAGCUAAAGGCCAAUGGACAUCGUGUCCUGAUCUUCAGUCAGAUGGUGCGCUGUCUGGACAUACUCGAGGACUAUUUGGUCUACCGCAAGUAUCCCUUCGAGCGUAUUGACGGACGUAUACGCGGCAAUUUGCGUCAGGAAGCCAUCGAUCGUUAUUCCAAGCCCGGCUCGGAUCGCUUUGUCUUCCUACUGUGCACCAAGGCGGGCGGUUUGGGCAUUAAUCUGACAGCCGCCGAUACUGUCAUCAUCUAUGAUUCCGACUGGAAUCCACAGAACGAUUUACAGGCCCAGGCCCGUUGUCAUCGCAUUGGCCAGCGCAAAAUGGUCAAGAUCUAUCGCCUGCUGUGCAGGAACACCUACGAACGCGAGAUGUUCGACAAGGCCUCGAUGAAACUGGGCCUGGACAAGGCUGUGCUGCAGUCGAUGAAUACGCACGGCUCCAAGGAUGGCAACAACAAGCAGUUGUCCAAGAAGGAAAUCGAAGAUCUACUCAAAAAGGGCGCCUAUGGCGCCGUCAUGGAUGAUGAUAAUGCCGGCGAUAAGUUCUGCGAGGAAGAUAUUGAUUCGAUCCUAAAGCGACGCACACAGGUCAUAACCAUGGAAUCGGAGAAGGGUUCCACCUUCUCAAAGGCCUCGUUUGCCGCCUCGGGCAAUCGUUCGGACAUUACCAUAGAUGAUCCCGACUUUUGGACCAAAUGGGCCAAACGUGUGGACAUUGAUCCCGAUGCCUGUGAACGUGACGAGACCGAGGAUCUGGUGCUCUCCGAGCCGCGCAGACGUACCCAGAUCAAACGCUACGGACACGAGGAUGUCAUGGAGAUUAACUCCGAGGACUCCUCCAAUGAGAACAGCGACGAGGAGGGCGGCAUAGGUCUGCGCUCGCGUCGUCGCAAAGAGAAACGCGAUCGGGCCCGCGAGAAGAAGGGCAACGAUGAGUAUAUACCGCGAGAACGCGACGCAUUGGCCGCCCUCGGCCUGGAGGAGAUCCAGUAUGGCAACUGGGCCAAGUCGGAGUGCUUCAAAGUGGAGAAGGGCCUGCUGUCUUUUGGCUGGGGACGCUGGACGGAACUUCUCGAAUUGGGUCAGUUCAAGCGCGGCUGGCGCGAUGUGGAUAUCGAGGACUGUGCACGCAUCAUUCUGCUGUACUGCCUGCAGGUCUACAAGGGCGACGAGAAGAUCAAGACAUUCAUUUGGGAUCUAAUCACACCCACCGAGGACGGCGAGGUCCAGAAGAUCAGCAGGGAUCAUAGUGGCCUACACAACUUGGUGCCACGAGGACGCAAUGGCGGCAAGUCGAACAAGGAGAUGGGCGGCGGCAGCUCGACGCCAGCGCCCGGCACCGCAUCCGGCAGCAACAGUGGCAACACAACGCCCGCCCACAAGUCCAGCGCCCUGGAGGCUGGAGGCAGCGACAAGGAUCAGGGCUCGGGUAUCAGUGCCAGCGCCGUGGCAGCUGCCGUUGCGCCCGCACCGCCCACCAGCAUACACGAUCCCAAUCAUUGGAGCAAGAAGGAGAAGUAUGAUGCGGAUGCGUAUCUGGAGGGCGCCUACAAGAAACACCUGGGCAGACACGCGAAUAAGGUAUUGCUGCGCGUGCGAAUGCUCUACUAUAUACAGCACGAGGUCAUUGGCGAUUUAGUGCAGCAGAUUAAGGAUAAUACGCCCAUCAGCGAGCUACCCAUACGCCCGCCGCCAACGCCAGAUCAAGUGCCAUCCUCAUGGUGGAAUCCCAUUUGUUGUGAUAAGAGCCUAUUGGUCGGAACCUAUAAACAUGGCUGUGAAAUGUAUCGUCAGAUGCGCGCCGAUCCGAAUCUGUGCUUUGUCACCCAUGUGGGCGCCGGUGCCGGUGACGAUUUGGCCGUCACGAGUUUGCCAAUAAAUGAGGACGACGCAAAUUCAAAGCACGAUGACGGCGACGAGGUGGACGACGAUGGCACCACGACCACCAAAGAUUCGGAUUCGACAAAGCUAACGGCCGGCGAUAACAAGGACUCGCUCGAUCCGGAGCGCCCCAGUUCGUCGGGCUUAGACGAGGAGGAGAGCGUCGCCGGCAGCUAUCCGCCAUCCACAUUGGCCGCCGUCGAGGAUGCCACAAUGUGGCCAUCAAUGCAGGAUCUCAAUACACGAUUACGUCGCGUCAUCACCGCCUAUCAGCGCAACUACAAAAAGGAGGAGCUCAAGCAACAGCAAAAGGCCAAGCUACAGGCACUGGUCUCCUCGACGCCGCCGCUCUCGGUGCCCACAACGCCGACGCUGCAGUCGAUGCAAAUGCAGAUGCAGAGCGCCGGCGGUGGUGGCACCGUUGGCAAUGCGGGCGCCGGCAGUGUCGUUGGCGCCGGCGGCUCUGUUAGCCAGCUCCAGCAGCAACUCGACUCGAGCAAUCGCAGCCUGCAGGCGCUGAUGCAGUCACAGGGUGCCAGCACCUCGGCUGCAGCAGCAGCAGCAGCUGCCGCCGCCGCCGCCGCCGUCUCAGGCAGCGGUUCGACACUACAGCACGGAUUGGUGGGGCAGCAUCAGCAGCAACAGCAGCAGCAGCAGCAACAACAACAACAACAACAGCAACAACAGCAGCAACAACAGCAACAGCAGCAGGUCGGCGGAGCUCAGGUGCCAGCCAUGCCCACCGCCGCCGAUAUCAGCCUUAUGCUGAGCAUACUCAACACAACCGAUGUCAGCCAAUUGGCCAACUUGGAUAUCAACAAACUGGCCAUGUAUUUGGUUAGUAUGAACAAUAAAAUGGAGCGCCAGGGCAAGAUGGAGCUGGCGGCGAAGGAGCGCGAGUCGCAGCGCCUGCAGCUGAUACCCAAAAAAUGGAAUCGUCGCGAGGAAUAUGAGUUUCUGCGCGUGCUCACCGGCUACGGUGUCGAUAUGCAGCUGAGCACAUCCAUGGGCGGCGGCAGCAGCAGUAGCCACAGUCCCGACUGGACCAAGUUCAAGCAGAUGGCACAUCUGGAGCGCAAAAGCGACGAGACGCUCAGCGACUACUAUAAGGUCUUUGUGGCCAUGUGCCGGCGCCAGGCGGGCCUGAAGCUCAGUGAGAACGAGCGCGGUCUGGAGGGCAUCAUCGAGGAGGUCGAAAAGGAGCACGCCAAGCUUAUACUGGAUCGCCUCGAGCUGUUGGCCAAGCUGCGCGAAGUGGCCCGCAAUCCCCAGCUCGACGAGCGGCUCAAGCAGUGCGCCAUGAACACCGAUACGCCCGACUGGUGGGAGCCCGGACGGCACGAUAAGGAACUGAUUGCGGCCGUGCUCAAGCAUGGUCUUUACCGCUCCGAGACGUUCAUCUUUAACGAUCCCAACUUUAGUUUCUGCGAGUCGGAGAAGCGUUUCAUACGCGAGCUCGAGGCACAGAUUCAGCGCACCAUCAAACUGGAGGCCUUCAACGCCGAGAAGGCCGAAAAGGCGGCAGCCGCUGAAAAAGCAGCUGCAGCCGAUAAGGCAGCUGCGGCGGCGGCGGCGACGGCAGCAUCGGCAGCUGCAGCAGUGAAGCACGAGGUUAUCGAUCUGGAUGAUGAGCUGCUCACCAAGGAGAGUGUCAUCAAAAAGGAGUCGCCCGUCAAGGCUGAAGUUAAUGCCGAGCAGAGCACAGACAAAGCCGAGGUCGAGGAAAGCGAAGAGAAAACAAUGAAUAAAUCAGCAACAGAGAAAAUGGAAGAGGAUGAAGUAGUCCCAGCCGAAAAGGCAGACAAGGAAUCGCUGGAUGAAGCCAAGCUGCUGCCCACUGAAGCCGCCGAAGAGGCAGCGGAAGCUGAAGCCGAAGCAGAAACCGUAGUCAAGCCCAAGGAGAGCGAAGAAAAAAUGGACGUGGAUGAGCCAAUUGCGGAAAAUGGCAACGAAAAGGAAGCCGCAACCGAGGCAGAUGCCACGGCCGACGCCGAUAAGCCAGCCGAAAGCCUAAAGUCAGAGGCAGCCGAAACAGAGAAGUCGAGUGAAAAGGCGGAGGACAGUCCAAUGGACACGGAGCCCGCCAAGUUGGCAGUUGCCGAGGAAAAGGAAUCCGUCGAAGCAUCGGAAGAGGAAGCGACAGCUGUCAAAGCAGAAGCAGCAGCGACCGAGCAAAGCGACGAGAUCGUUGAGACCGCUGCCAAGGAAAAGCCAGAGGCAGAUAAGGAACCAGCUGCAGCAGCAGUCGAAAGUGAGUCCAAGAAAGUCGAGGCCGAAACGGAUGCCAGCAAUACAGGAGAAGUCGCCGCGGAGGUCAAGAGCGUUGAGAAGCCGCCCGCAGAACAGGAGAUACUCGACCUGGUAGCCGGGCCCAGCGAUCCCGAUGACGACGAGGUCAUGAAGGAGAAGGAGAAAGCCGUUGAGGAGGAGUGCAAAAAGCAGGCAGCCGAACUGAAAGCACGCUUUCCCGAUCUUGAGGUCAUUCAGCCGGCGACUGUGAAACAGCAAAAGCUGGAGAAGCCCAAGCUGGAGAUGUGCAUGAUACGCUGGUUCAAGGACUUCGCCCUGGAGCGACGCAUCGCACACAUCGUGGUCUGCGUGGAGACGAACAAAUGGCCCGUGGACAAGCACUACAGCGCCUUUGCCGGCCUAAAGGGCACCACAGACCUCAACAUUGCCCUGCACGAGUCCAUACCCCAUCUGAAUAGCAGCGAGCGACGCUCGACAACGCCCGACGUGAUAACCAUAACUACAGAUCAGGGUGUGACCAAGCAUCUGCAGGCCUCCCAAAUGCAACAGGUGGCCAGCAAUGCGGCGGGCGUUUCGUCAACGGGCGGCAAUGUGCAGUCGGUGCUGCCGUCGCCCAAAACGCCGGUGGCGGCGCCCACCACGCUGCCGGGCCUGGAUGCGAAUAGCAUCAAUGCAGCUGUCGCGGCUGCCGUCGCCGCUGCGGCCAGCGGCGGCAAUGCCACAUCCUUGUCGGCGUUGCUGCCGGGCAUGUCGUUGAGCGCGGCAACGGCCGGCGCCAGUGCGGCAGCGGCUGUCAGCGCGGCGGCGGCAGGUCUAAAUGUGCCCAGUGCCGGCGGCCUGGGCUCCAAUGCGGGCAAGAAACGCAAGCGACACAUUGCCAUCGACGUGGAAACGGAGCGUGCCAAGUUGCACGCGCUGCUCAACAGCUCGUCGAUGGCGCCCAAGGACUGGGAGAGUGAGAUAGCCAACAUGGAGGCUUUAACGGGCGCUCGCGACGGUCGACGCGGCGGCUCGAGCGCAGCUGCCUCGGCGGCCGCUUUGAGCGGCAUGCAACCGCCGCCCGCGCAUCAGCACGCCUCGCUGUCGCGCCAGUCGUCCGGGCAGUUUAAUAAGCCCGCUGUGCCGGCACUGAAAACGCCACCACCUUCAAUGGGUGCACCCAUGGAUCUGUCCUCCAGCAGCCUGCCCAAAAUGAAUAUGACGGAAAUGCUUAAGUCAGCGUCCAGCGCUGGCGCCAUUGAUCUGAGCGAGGUGCAAGACUUCUCGAUGCCUUCCAAGAAAUCGAGUGUGCAUGCGGCGCUUAGCUCCGCGUUCCCCUCAAUGGCCGGCAGCAAGAGCAAGCUAGACGACACGCUCAACAAGCUGAUGAAGAAGAACAAUUGCACCAUUGAGGAGCCGGUCAUAGGCAAGGAGAAGAAACGCAAGAAGCUGGAUGAGAUUGUGCUCGGUCUGUCGGCGGCCAAAGAGCAAAAGACCUUCCCGGAUCCAUCGCUGCCCUCAUCAAAGAAACCACAAAUACCGCCCAGUGUGUCCGUGACGCCCGCCAAUCUGCAGGCGCCCAGCCAGCAGCAGUCCAAUCAGAAGCCAUUUACCAUCACUGUCACGACAGUGCCCGGAAAGUCCAAGAGCGGCGGUCAGGGCAGCGGCAGCGGCGGCGGCGCCAGCAGUCCCUCGGGCAGCGGCCUGAGCGCGCUGCAAAACAUGGCCAUGGGCGGACUUUCGAGCAAGGACAGCCUCAAUGCUCUGCUUGCCCAGACGAUGGCCACCGAUCCGCAAUCGUUCCUCAAGCAACAGCAGAAGAUGAUGCAGUUCCUGCCGCCUUCACAGCGCAAAGCCUACGAGAACAUGCUGGCCGAAAUGGAGCAGGCGAUGAAGCUCAGCUCCAAAUACAAUUCCUCCCACGACGUCAAGGUCAACAAAUGGCUCUCGGACAUGACCAAUCCACUGGGCGAUCAGCUCAGCAUUGAUUAUGUUGGCGCUGGCAACGCCGGCGCUUCUGGCAGCAGCAACAGUCGACGCGGCAAUCGCCAGCAAAGCAGCAGCUCCAGCGCCCAGCAGGCGGCCAAUGCAGCGCAACUGCAAAAGCAGCAACAGCAGCAGCAGCAACAACAGCAGCAGCAGCAGCAACAACAGCAGCAGCAACAACAACAGCAACAACAACAGCAACAGCAGCAACAACAGCAAUCCUUGGCUGGUCCGCAGGGUCUGACCGGGGAGGAGCCGGUGCCGGUGAUCAACAAGCAGACGGGCAAGCGGCUGGGCGGCAACAAGGCGCCACAACUGAAGCGCCUCAUGCAAUGGCUCACCGAUAAUCCCAACUAUGAGGUGGAUCCCAAGUGGCUGGAGCAGAUGCAGAAUCCGAUGUCGGCGCCAUCACCAAAGCCCAGCGCCAGCGGCAUGGACAACAGCAGUGGCUACGGCGGCGGUGGCUCUAAAUCACACGGUGGACGACCCUCCUCCAAUUCGAGCAACGCCUCCUCUGGCGGCCACACGCAACAGCCGAGCGCCGCACAGUCGCCGGCGGGCAAUUCGAGCGGCUCGUCGAAGAAGUCGUCGAGGCAAUCGCAGUCGGCGGCCGCCUUGGAUCAGGCGGCGUUGCAGUUCGGCUCGCUGGCUGGCCUCAAUCCCAAUUUGCUGGCCAAUUUGCCCGGCUUGGGCGGCUUCGAUCCAAAGAAUCCGCUCGCCGCGUUCGAUCCGAAGAAUCCGCUGCUGUCGAUGCCAUUCGGCGGCAUGCCCGGCAUGGGUAAUCUGCCCGGCCUGGGCAAUCUGAACAACAUGAAUCUGUUCGCCAGCCUGGCGGGCAUGGGCGGCCUGGGCAAUCUGGCCGGCAUGGAUGCCCAGUCGCUGGCUGCGCUCAUGGCUGCUGCGGGACCAACGCUCGGCGGCCUCACAGGCAGCACGAGCGCGGGCACCGGCAAGAGCCAGUCGCAGUCCAGCGCUGGCGGCAACUCCUCCAGCGCCUCGUCAUCGGCGGCCAGCAAGAAGAAGCAGCAACAGAACGAGGCCGCGCAGCUGGCAGCAGCCGCUGCCGCAGUCAACAGCAGCGCUGGCGGAGGAUCGGGUGGCGGCAAGAAUGCGGGCGCAUCGGCAUCGCAGCUGGCCGCCGGCUUUCCGUUCCUGUUCCCCAAUCCCUCGCUGCUGUAUCCGCCCAUGGGUCUGGGCGGACUCAAUCCGUAUUCGCUGGGCUCCAGCGGCCUGGGCUCGGCCUACGAUCAGCUGGCACAGCAAUAUAAUCUGCUUAACGGCGUGGCCACCUCCUCGGCGGCCGUCACCGGCUCGACGCAGUCGGCCAAGUCGCAUCAGUCGCAGUCGAGCAAAUCGAGCAAUUCCCGCAACGCUGCCAACUCGGCGGCCAAUUCGGCGGCCAACCUAAUGAACGCCAUGGCCAGCAUGAGCGCCGGCACAGUGACAACGCCUUCGACCAGCUCCAGUCGCAGCCGCCAGAGCAGCAAUCAACGCAACUCGGCCGCCUCGGCGACGCCCAGUGCCGCGGACAUGGCACAGCUGUCGAGCCUGCUGAUGCCCGGCGCCGAUCCACAUUUGCUCGAAUCGCUCAGCCGCAUGAGCAGCAUGGACCUGGCCCAGGCGACGCGUCUCAUGAGCUCCCUGGGCAUGCCGCCGCUGCCCACGCCGAGCAGCUCGAACAACACCAGCAGCAGCAGCUCCAGCGCUGCCAGCAAACGUGCCGCAGCUGCUGCUGCUGCCAACGAGGCGUCCGCCAAGGAGCAGCAGAAGUGGUUCGAGAGCAUAGCGCGCGGCGCUCUGCCAACGGAUCUGGCCGCGCUGCAAGCCUUCUCACAGGGCAAAAUGCCCAGCACGUCCAGCUCCGGCAACAACAACAACAGCGGCGGCGGCUCAUCGGCCAGCAAGAGUUCCAAGUCCGCCGCAGCUGCCGCCGCUGCAGCAGCAGCAGCCGCACAGCUGCCACAGAUACCGGGCAUGUCCAGUGAUUUCUCGCAGGCGCUGCUCGCCGAGAUGGCCGCCCAGGCGAUGGCCGCUGCCGGCGGCUCAUUGCCGCUCAGCGGUCCUGGCUCGUUGGCCAGCCUGGCUGGCCUCACCGGCGGCGCAUCAUCUUCAUCUGGAGGAGGUGGCGGUGGCGGCGGCGGCGGAAGCAGCAGUAGCAGCAGUUCGGCUGCCAAGCGGCAGCGCGAACAGGAUGCAUUCAAGCAGCAAAUGGACUUUUACACCAAGUCGCUGGGCCUGGGCUCGGGCAUCUCGCUGAUACCCACCUCAUCGGCCAGCAGCAGCAGCCUCAAUGCCGCCUAUGCGGCCGCCCUCGAUGCGGAGCAUCUGCAGCAGCAGCAACAACAGCAGCAGCAACAGCACAAGUCGAAGCGUGCGCGCAGCGAGAUGCAUCCCACGAAGGAUGAGCUAGCAGCUGCCGCGCUGGCCGCCGGCUUGCCGCUCAAUUUGGGCGCCAGCAUCGAGAAGAGUUUGCGCGGCGUAAGCGGCUCCAGCAGCUGCUCCACGCCGGCGCCGACGCCCACGCCAGAGCAGGAUAAGGUGACGCUGACGCCGUUGAAUGCGAGCUCCAGUGCCGCCAACAAUGCGGCGAUUGCCGCGAAUCUGCCUUCACAGACGACCAUCACGAUUGCGCCGCCGAUCAGCAGCGGCGCGAGCACCAGCAGCGAGCGCUCCGAGCGCAGCGAGUCGCGCAUCUCCCUGACCAUAACGAAUGCCGCCGAUGCGGCCAAGCUGCCGCCGCCCUACGAGGAGGCUGACGAGCUCAUCAUUCAGCCCAUACUCAAGAAGCCAGCGGCUCCAGGCAGCAGUCACAGCGGCAGUGUCGAGGAUCUCGAUGCCAGCGGCGGCGGCGGCGGCAACAACAACAACUCGGCGGCAAAUCUAAGCGGCUCCAGCAGCAGCAGCUCCUCGGUUGCCGCGGCGGCGGCGGCAGCAGCAGCAGCUGCUGCUGCGGCCGAAGAGAAUCGACGCUCUUCCAAUCGGCUCAAGCGUCCACGUUCCGGCAACGAGCACGGCGGCUCCGGUGCGACGGCAGCGGAACAGCCGCCCGAGAAGCGACGUGAACUGCGCUCCACGCGCCACACACGCCAGUCGGCAGAUGCUGCCACGCUAAAUCUGUCGGCGGGCAGCGAGUCCGAGGAGCGGAACGAAUGAGUAAAGCGAAGCGCCUAGCCAAACGACAGCGCCCCGCCGGUGGGCGCCCGAACCAGACAGGGCAACAAAAACAACAACAGCAACAAAAACAAUAAAAAGAGCAAAAAUGAUAACAAAAAGAGAAACCAAAAGCAACGGAAAAAGGCCACGAAGAAGCAAAAGCAGAAUCAGAAGAGGAAGAGCCAAACGAGUAAUGCAAACGGAAACGGAAGCGGAAACGGAAGCGGAAGCGGAAACGGACGAGCAGCGGCAAAAGCUGAGACAAACGCACGCAAAUUGAACUCAAGGCUAAAUGUAACGAGUACGCGAACUAGUUCCAAAGCGAGAACGAGAAGUCGAACUCGAACGCGAACGAGUACGCUAACGAGAGCACGAGCGAGAAACUGUGCGAACAGGAGUAGUAGAUCCCUUAAGCUUAAAGUUGUGUAAA